AUGCUCGAUCCAUUCCCCCCUCCACCGGUCUGGCUCCAGGACCUCGUUACCCCCUGGGCCGAAUGCCUACGCCUAUACACGCUACCCUACCACAUCCACGAAGUCGUCUUGGCCUUCGCAUUCUACCAACUCAUCCAUUCCUACAUCUCGCCAUGGCUAUCCGCUUUAUUAUUUCCUCGACACUACCCGCAACUCCCGAAACGUACCCGCUUGAACUGGGAUAUCCACGUCGUCUCGUUGGUGCAGAGUGUUCUUAUCAAUGUCGUAGCGCUCUGGGUUAUGUUUGCGGAUGAAGAAAGGAAGAGGAUGAACAUCGAUGAGCGUGUGCAUGGAUAUACCGGUGGCAGUGGGCUCGUAGAAGCUCUCGCUACGGGUUAUUUUAUUUAUGACAUUAUCGUCAGUACAUUAUACAUCAAGCUGUUUGGGAUUGGCAUGCUGUUUCAUGCCAUCAGCGCUUUGUGCGUGUUUAGUCUCGGAUUUAGACCGUUCGUCAAUUACUAUGCCCCGACCUUCAUCCUCUACGAGCUCUCCAGCCCAUUCCUCAAUAUUCACUGGUUCUUGGACAAGGUCAACAUGACCGGCAGCAAACUACAAUGGUACAAUGGCAUGAUGCUUCUGAUCGUCUUCUUCUCCUGCCGUCUCGUCUGGGGUACAUGGCAAUCAGUCAUUGUCUACGGAGACAUGUGGCACGCAUUCAAACAGAGUCGUUUGAUGACGCAUUCACCAUUCAUGGACGGGAUUACCACCAACGCCCCUGUCUUCAGGCUCGGUGAAGGGGCCGCUCUGUGCGCAGAUGAAAGCUGCCUCCGAGCCAACGUUGAAAUUUCGCGGUUCGCUCACCAUUUCACUGACGUCUCACUCCCGCAGUGGCUGCCAAUUGCGUACGUCAUUGCGAACCUGAUCCUCAACUCGCUCAAUUUCUACUGGUUCUCGCAAAUGAUUGAAGCAGUCCUGAAACGAUUCCGUCAACAACCCGCCGAGAAGGAGGCUGGCUUGGUGAUUCCCAAAGAACCUUCCUAUGUUUUGGAUGCAGCUGAGAAAUUGGAGAAGGAGCAGGGAUAUUUCGAGACCGGGGAUGGUGCUGAGCUCGCAGUUCCUGCUGCGACGGGUGUUGAUACCAUAGAAAGGGGAGAUUCGUCGUUGAAACAGCGCAAAAUGGCUGUUGCGUAA